AAGCAACCAAAGCCAAAUCCAUUCUACUAAAAAACUUUUAAAACCGACUCAUCCCCGGAUUAAAUAUUCGAAACACAAAAAUCCGUCGGCACAACCGCUUGCAACUUUGCCGAUAUUAACGAUACCAACGGUCACAACCAGCCAACCUAUUGCAGUUCCUGUUCAAGAUGCGGCAGGCGGAACUACAACCAAAAUAGAGUUGUUGAAUUUUUCUCUUUCGCGAAAAUUUCCUGGACAUGGUACCAAAACUAUCGACAUUAGCAAUAUUCAGCAUAUACCCAUUUCAGCUGUUUCAAAACCAAUGCCUACACGAUAUACAGUUAAUGAAUAUGAAACAUCCGCAUCGAAUACAUCCCAGAGUAAUGAUUUCACCACAGGUAUUAUUGAUGACCUAGAUUACUCUGUUAUCGAUGAUAUAGAGCUUCCUGACGAUGUUCAGGUUAGUUUUGGAGAGUCCUAUCAACCAAAGUCAUCACACGGCGGCGAGAUAGACGAUGACGUGAAUGAGUCUAAGUCGACAGUUCAUGUGAAAAAACAUGUUAAAUCAGAUGCAAAGAUUCUCAAUACUUCGAUGGACGAAAAAUAUGCUCUGUUAGCAAAUACAAAUAUCAUGAAGAAUUUUGAAUAUACAGUUAAUGAUUCGGUUGUAAGCGACAACGAUGAUGGUGAGAUGCGUCAGUAUAUUUGCCGACACUGUGGGAAACGGUAUCGUUGGAAAUCAACACUGCGACGACACGAAAACGUAGAGUGUGGAGGUAAAGAAGCUAUGCAUCAAUGCCCGUAUUGUACGUAUAAAGCUAAACAACGUGGCAAUUUGGGUGUUCAUAUUCGAAAACAUCACGCCGAUAUGCCUCAGCUUGAAAGCCGUCGUAAAUCAAAGAAUCGGGAAUCGUUGAGUCUGAUCGAUGCAAUAAAGCCAGAGUCGAUGGAAGGUAGUCAAGGACAAUCGUAAAUAUAUCUCCGAUAAUGUCCGCGAGUAGCCAUGUAAACCGGCCUGUUGACUGCUCUGUAACAGAGUAUGAAUGUGAUUUAGGGCAUGUAAAUGGUCUUUGUUCCGAUCAAUGAUCAUUGAUUUACAAGACAAUUUCAAGAAUUUAUUGGAUUCAUUAUGGGCUGCUGUGGCACUAUAUUAUUUUUUCAACAAUAGGGAAUCAGUUGCAGCGUCUGUGAUAUAAACGUUUGGCAAUUCGUUCGUGAAUUGUAAUUCUGAUGGUUUACUGACAUUUCUACAAAUGUUAUUAUAUUAGUUUUCCUCGAAAAAGUCUCUAUAAUAAUUAAGUCGAUUAAUAUGAACCUGAUUUUAAAUCCAGCUUGUUUAAAAAUUACGACUUUCGCAAUCAAAUCAAGUUCAAGUAAGUCAAACAUUUCCACCUCUGUUUGAAUUGUAAAAUAUUGUAAAAGUAGAAACGGACAUAAUUGGAAGUUUUCGAAUAUUACGAGCUAAUUGAAAGAGCAACGUUACGUCACGGUAGUUAUUAAAAACGAGUCAAGCGCAACUGAUUAACAUAUGGCUGUAAUUCAAAUGUAGGUGUCAUUUAUGAACUCUAAAUUUUGGAUUCUCAGCUUCAGUUGAAUAAUCGUUAGGCUUACAGCGCCAAUUUAUGAUUACCAACCAAUUUUUUUUUGAAUUUUACAUUUGAUUCAAUUGUAUCUCUACACUCAUAACAGUGAAAUCGAAAAAGAGAAAAACAGGAGAUGUGUGUUUUAGUUAUAGUACAUAUUGGAAAGGCAGCGUAGUAAAACUUAGUAAUUCUUACGAUUAGAGUACGAACAGGAUUGCACGCAGUGGACAUAUUACUCAUUUUUUAGGUUAUGAAAACUGAGUAGGGUCCAUAAUAAAAUACAAAGAUUGAUUAAUUGCAUUUUUGUUUCGUAACAUUUUUUUUAUGUUUUUCAAACCCUUUUGUUUUCGUAAAUCUGCGCAAAUACAAAAGAUUGAUUAAUUGCA